CGACCACAGCCAUCGCCAUCAUCUCGUCUACUUUUCACGUUUCCUCCUGUUCCUGCGCUUCGUUCAAUCGUUCACCGCCGCUUCAUCACCCACGACUCACAACUGCCGACGCACCCUUCAGCUCUCUCCUCUCGUCACUUGAUCCCGCAAAUGACGCCAGCGCCUUCUCCGAACCGCUGCAAACUGCUGAUCUAUCCAUUCUACUGAUCUCCCUCCUCUGCCCUUCCUCGGCUCUACAGAUCGUCUCUAAUUCGACAGCACGUCCCCGUGCCCUACAGAUCGUGACAUCUCAGACACGGAUCUACUGCUGUCCAGCUACCACGCCUCGCAUCUUCACGUUCAAUUUUAGACCGUCAAGACAGAAAAAAAAAACUCGCCGACACGAUGGAUAGUAUGCAGUCCCAGCCAGACGUGCCCAUGCUCGUCACCUCCGCCACAACCAAGUCUGAGCGUCGUAUCACGCCUUCGUGGUCCAUUGCUCAGUUGAAAACUCGUCUGGAGCCCAUCACCGGCAUACCCGCUUCUGCCCAGCGGCUUACUAUCCAAGGCGCUCCCGUCGAAGCUGUCGACGAAGAGAGUGUGCAGCUUGCCGCUUAUCCCCUUCAGGCCUAUGCUGAGAUAUACGUUCAUGAUACUCGACCCGCUGCGGCUCGCGUAGACUUUUCCGAUGUGUCCGCUGUUCCAAAAUACGUCAUGCCCGAAAAUGAAUACGAAUCCCGUUCCGACAGUGUCUUAGCUUGGAAGAAGUCGCAGAAGUUGGGUCGCUUUGAUCCAGACGCUCCGUCGCUCGAGCAGCAGAAGAUACUAGAACUGGAACAGGAGAUCAAAGAUAAAGAUCUUCGUGUCAGUCGACGGUGUCGCCUCCUACCAUCAUCGACUCCACGCCAUGGAGAGAUUCGCUACGUCGGUCUGAUUUCGCAACUGCCUGGUCCUGGACCAUGGGUAGGCGUAGCUCUAGAUGAACCAACCGGGAAGAACGAUGGCUCUGUCAAAGGCUCUCGUUACUUCACAUGCAAUGCAAAUUGCGGCGUCUUCGUUCGGCCGGAACGCGUCGAGGCGGGCGACUUUGGCAUCAUCUCCAUUGACGAUGACCUUGAAGAGAUUUAGAGCGUCCGUCAUACUGCAUGAUCGCGUGUAGCCUAUCAUAUAUACUCAUAGUAUCGGCGACGUGCAUUCGCCAUGGAUACACUUAAACUCACCUUCGUGCAACACAUUGCAGGCUGGAGUCGCCAUGCCAUAGCAUCCACCUGCGAAUGCUCAGCCUGCAUAGUUCAAGUCUGAUUUAAUCCAUCCACAAGGCUGAGUCUCACUGGCAGAAGAAGCAGCUACGUAGGGGUAGCUCUAUAGCAGGGCAAUUGUCUAGAAGUCCGCAUACAACAAAAGUCCCUUCCCCCAGAGUGUCGUAAACAAAUCGCGACAAAUGAACAUAUACCUAGCUCAGCACAUUAAAAAAUAGAUAGACCUCAAGAAGAAAGAAAGCAG